AUGUUUGCUGAUUUCAAGGUUACUGUCACCGUGUUUUUCGUUCAUCGACAUCUAAAUUGGCUAACGCACCAUAUAAGUCUGGACGAUGGUCAAGCUACCCAAGCUCAAAACCAACCCGAAGCGCCCGGUGAGCACCCGAGGUAUCGUAAACAAGCGUUCAAAUCACUCAAAGAGAUUGCAGUCCAUGAACCAAUAAUCAAUCACCUCAAAAAGAGGUCUAAUGAGAUUGUAUUGACUGAAGAUUUCUGUACUGAAAAAGCUGACACAAAGCAAUUCAAGAAGCUACUGUCCUUGAACAAGACAAACCCAAAUCAGUCUUACCUAUCUGAGCUCUUACAGUCUGUACAGUACUUGAAAUCCCACAUAAAGAAGUCCACACCAUGGUCUAAAGGGAAAUUUUGCAGCCAUGUGUUUGAUAAGAAUGAAGGUUUUGACCGCACAAUCUCAUGUGCGGUGAACCACCUUGAAUAUCACCCAUUUCUCAUGAAGGAUACAGUCUGGAUACUGGCGAUCUUGAAACAUCUUCAAGAAUAUCUACCCCAUGGGUCACUGGAACCAUUGAAUACUGAUGUAGAGCAAAGAAAGUCAAGCCGAGCUGCGCUGUACCUUCAUCUGACAAAAGGUUUGGAUCUCAUAGGUGCCAGUCAAGCUCUUUGGAGUUCUGAUGUAAGCAUUGAACUUGUGGACAUUGAUAUAUCAUUGGCAGAGGCUGAUUCAAGAAUCAAAAUGAUCGAUUGGAUCAAGCAAUAUGCUGAGAACCCAGACUCCAAAUUAUCCAACUUCAUGAUUGAGACUCAUGAUGAAUUGAUACAGGAAAGCUGCCCCAUGCCACACAGCAAGCUGGAAAAUUUGUUGCAGAGAUGUUACAAAAAUUUCAUAGAACCACACUCAUCCAAAUUAGACAAGGACCUUGCAUAUACGGUACUCCAUGGAUAUCCAAAUGUUUCUCCAAGAGCAAAAGAGAUAGUAGAACACUUACAAGAACAAGAUCUUUCCUUUGGGCAAAAAUUCCAAUGCUUUCGGAGGAUAUCUGACGAUGUAGGAUUGAUCAGAGACCUCGAAGAGCUCUGGAUAAAGCACAGUUCUACACAAUUUGAAGAACUGAUUCACCCCUUCAUAAAGUUAGAGAAGGCCACAUGGCAAAACGUUGAAGAUUUGAUUGAAGCUCUGGUAGAUGAUUCACUUCGUUCAGUUAGAUCCAAAGAAAUUCCCAUUGAAGAAGAUCAAAUUAUAAAGAUACUGUACCGUGUUUUCUAUCAUAUCAAUGGUGCCCAAUCAUACCUUUGUAAAAAUGUAAAGUGGUGUGGGGAGCCUUUAAAAUUUAAAUUCAGGAGACCUGAAAUUACAGAGGACCCAAGUACAGGUGAUAUAUGCACAAUCUGCCUCGAGGGUAUUGGAAAUAAUGUUGAUUCCCAGAAGUCUGUUGAAGAUGGUCUUGAUGUUGUUGAUCUGGAUCAUGGGGCAAACCACAAAUUUCACAGCAAGUGUCUACGGUGCUCCGUUGGCAUAUUGUUCUUGAAAAAUUUAAGUUUCACUUCCGAAAAAUCUUCUGUACAAACCAAACAUGAUGAGUAUAUCACAAGAAAAGGUUUUCAUGCUCCUCCAGAGGAUCAGAAUCAAGUGUGCUGA